AGCUAGCUCGCCCUCGCCAUUGCACUGCACUGCACUGCGCACCCACACGCCACACCCACACCACACCUCACAUCCGCCGCCACCACCAGCAGCAGCCGCCGGUGCCACCGCCAUCUCUGCCCCGCCUAACUGCCAUGGCGACCAUAGCCACGAUGGCCCUGCUGAAACCCGCCAAGAUCGUGGCGCGGUCGGCGCCGUCCACCAGCGGCGCCGUCUCGCUGCGCGUCCCGACGACGACGCAGGCCAAGAAGCAGACGACCGCGGCGGUGGCCGUGUCGUCAACGUCAACCACCACGCCGGCGGCGGCCGCGGCCGCGGCGCUGGCGGGCGCCUUCUUCUCGGCGCUGGCGUCGUCGGACGCGGCGCUGGCGGACGUGGCGGCGGCGGCCGACGCCGGGAGCGACAACCGCGGCCAGCUGCUGCUCUUCGUGGUCGCGCCCGCCAUCGGCUGGGUGCUCUACAACAUCCUGCAGCCGGCGCUGAACCAGCUCAACCGCAUGCGCAGCCAGGCCGUGGUCGCGGGGCUCGGCCUCGGUGCCGCCGCCACCGCCGCCGGGAUGGCAUCCCCGCCCGAGGCCUCCGCCGCCGCGUCGGUGCAGGAUCUCGCCGCGCUCGCCGCCGCGGCGCCCGCUGAUGACAGCCGGGGCCUCCUGCUGCUCAUCGUCGUCGCUCCCGCCAUCGGCUGGGUGCUCUUCAACAUCCUCCAGCCCGCGCUCAACCAGCUCAACCGCAUGCGGUCCGACUGAUGAGCUACUAGCUGCCAACAAGCUCGUGCACCCCCACCGCACCGGCGACGGCGACGACGGCGGCGGAGUGUGCGUAUCUGCGGCGUGCGUGCGUUGGUGUGUUAGUAUAACGUGAAGCGUGGUUCAUCUACGUGCCUGCUUGUCUUUUCAUCUUGAUAUUCUUCAACAAAUGCAGUACAGCUCUCUCUCAAUCUGUUACAUACAUUA